AUGCCAAUCACACGUUCUGCAAGCGGAGCGACAGCGAGGAAGACAGCUUGGAAUACUGCUCAACCUACUGCAUUUUCUGAGCCGACGAAGGGCUCCAAGAGGAAGUCUUCUAGCACCAAGGGAGCACAGACACCGAGAAAGAAAGCAAAGUCGGAGGAUGCGGUGAUCGCAAGUGGGACUAUUGCUGCAUUGACACCGAUACCUGCAGCAGGAGAUGAACAGGCACUCGUACCCGCGGUGCUAACGUUCUCGUUUGAGCAUGCCAAAGAACAUCUCAUCCGCGUGGACAGACGGUUCGAGGAUGUAUUCCAGAGACUGAAAUGCAAGCCAUUCGAGCAUUUGGAGCGCGUCGACCCGUUUCGUACGCUGGCGCACUCGAUCAUGGGCCAGCAGAUCUCUUGGAUGGCCGCGCGCUCGAUCACCCACCGGUUUAUCAGACUGUUCGAUCCUUCUCUGCCAGAGAAGCCCCAAGAUCACUCACACGCCACCGCCUUCUUCCCAACAGCACAUCAGGUUGCGAGCAUGGACGUUGCCACACUGCGAACGGCAGGCCUGAGCGGGAGGAAGGCUGAGUAUGUUCUUGACCUUGCCUCAAGGUUUGCAGAUGGCCGCCUCUCCACCGCAAAGCUGCUUGAGGCAGAUGACGAGGAGCUACACAGCAUGCUGACGGAGGUUAGGGGAAUAGGACGGUGGACAGUUGAUAUGUUUGCCAUAUUCUCUCUUCGGCGUCCGGAUAUACUUCCAGUCGGUGACUUGGGCGUACAGCGUGGGGUACUGCGCUGGUUCCUGUCCCUUCACGCGCCUUCGACUUUGGCCUUGACCAUAUCUCCCGCUAAGCUUCCAAAGAAUCCUGAGGAAGAAGAGCCCAACGAGAGUGUAGAUGCUCUUGUUGUAAAUGGUGAUGCCUCGACGAGCAAUGACCUGCGACAUACCACGCCGGACAUAUCCGCGGUGCCGCCUGCACCCACCGCCCUCCCUGUUACUCCAGUGAAGAAAAAUAAUGGCAAGGGCAAGAAUCGGGGGCCGGCAGAUGCUGACGAGGUGGAUUCUGUGCUGCCAGCGCCGUUCACGCCGUCUAUCAACAGGGUUUUGAACAUGAAUGCUUACGGCAACGGUGCUGCAGGUGCUGCGGCUCCGCCCUCGCCUUUGCCUGAUGGACUGACCCCGGCGAUCAUGAAAAGCCGUUUGGACGGAAAGAAGAAAAUCAAAGGUGCUCUGCUGACCCCGAAAGAGAUGGAGGAACUGACUGCAGGUUGGAGACCAUACCGUAGUCUUGGCGUGUACUACAUGUGGGCUCUGGCGGAAGCACCGAAUUGA